CUUAAGUAUUCGGUCCCUGAGAAUGAGGGUAGCAUUAAAUCAAUUCUUGAUACAAGGAAUAGCUUGUCCGAUGUAUGCGGCACUGAGAAGAGCACGUGGCUGUGUCUGUACUGUGGGGCAGUGCACUGUGGACGGUACGUCUCAGGCCACGCGUUGCAGCAUCACGAGCAGGACAGUCAGCACUGCGUCUGCAUAGACUGCGAGAACCUGGCAGUAUUCUGUUACAUGUGCGACGAGUACGUCGUGAACGAUACGACGAACGGGCAGAUCGAGAAAAUCCGUCGUAUCACAUUCCGCAAGGACGAGCACAAGGAGAACGAGGAGAAUUGGAACACGUCGCCAUCUACCACGCCGUCGUCAAGGAGGGAGAACAGCGACAACGACAACGACGCGGACGCCCUGUGGAAAGCGGAAGUAGUCGUGAGGAACCUCCGGCCCAGGACAGCGCGGAAGAGGUUACAUUCUCUGGACGGGACGAGUGGGGACAACCGGCCGGCGACCAAGCGUAGGAGUUCCAAGAUAACCAAAGAGAAGAAGGUCGUCGGCCUAAGGAAUCUCGGCAACACCUGCUUCAUGAACGUCGUGCUCCAAUCGUUCAACAAUAUCAGUCAUUUCUGCGAGUACUUGACGCAGAUGCCAUGCCUAGAGGGUAUACCCUUCGACGAGUCGCCGACACACAGGGGACGCAUAGUGACACCUGGUCGGGCCAAGGAGCUGAGCAUGAGCGAUGCCCUGCUGGCCGAAGAGCUGAGGAAAGUUCUGCUAGGACUGAACCUCGGUGGCUCGAAUGGCCAAGCAAUCUCACCAGAAUGUCUUUUCCUUGUUAUAUGGAAAGUCGUGCCAAGAUUUCGGGGCUACCAGCAGCAAGACGCUCACGAGUUUCUCACAUACAUGUUGGACAGAUUGCACACGGAACUGUUACAGUUGUUGCCCAGGCUGGGGCACGAGCCACUUGGUCUCCGUGGCAAGCAAAGCAUCGUCACGGCUGUGUUCGGGGGCACACUGCUUAGCGUGGUCCAUUGCAUGAACUGCCGAACAGAUUCCAAGACGCACGAGCCCUUCCAGGAUCUCUCAUUGGACAUACCGGACAGACUGCAAAGACGGACGAAAGAACAAGAAGAGGUUUGCAGUCUCACGUACAGUCUGACAAGAUUCUUCAAAGUCGAGGAGUUGGCUGAUAGCGAACUCUACUUUUGCGACAAUUGCAUGGGAAAGCAAAGGUCCACCAAGAGAUUCUGGAUACACAGGCUGCCUAAUGUGUUGUGCCUUCACAUUAAGAGAUUUAGGUGGUGCAAUUCUUACCGUUCGAAGGUGGACACGCAAGUGGACUUUCCCAUGAAAUCUCUCGACAUGUCUGCAUUCACUGUACGUGGUGUCAGCGGAACAAAACUGGGCAGUUCGAACAGUCAUCUCUAUGACUUGGCUGCCGUUAUCGUGCAUCACGGUUCGGGUGCUGGUACUGGACACUACACUGCCUUCGCUGUUCACGACGGACAAUGGUUUCACUUUAACGACAGCUCGGUACGGCCAGCGACCACAGACGCAGUCGCCAAGUGUAAACCCUACAUUUUGUUCUACGUGCGGAAAGAGUUCUCCAUUCCACCCCCUUUGUGACGUUGUUUCCCCGGUCAGUCCCGUCCCGACGACACGAGCUUCGACGAUGACGACGACGACGACAAUGAGCGAACGAACAAGAAGUAACCGAAUUUGACUAUGGAUCUGAAUGGUGCAUACAACAGUAAACGGCCAAACGAAGGAAUCCCAGGAUUCCUGAUCCCGCGUUCAGGUUUCUAAAAGAGGAGGCAAAGAUUCUCGCCCAAAUUUCUACCAUGGAGAACCAUCGUUUCUAUCAUUAACCCUUUGCACUCUGAAAUCCCCUUUCAGGGAACAUUUUGAGCAACGUUGAAUGCUAUGAGUGCAAAGGGUUGGUAAUUAACAUUGUAUAGAAGUCCUGUUGCAUUCGAAAAGCUGUAAUCUUAUGGAGAAGUUCAUUCAGACAUUGCUCAACAUCGUACAAUAACUUGCCACACACUACAAGGGCGAUUAGCACGAUGCACGAGCGUGGCACUUAAUAGUUCACUGCACCUUUGGUCGUUCAAGGCGAAACAACCCUUUAUUGUUCGCAAAUGGCGAUAGGUUUCCUUUGAGAAUUCCAAUUUGUUUGUUUCAUUCCUUACGUCACUGAAAUUUCUGUGUAAAUUCGACUGUUCAACACUUUAACUGCCAGAUUGCUGAACGAUUGCAAUGGAAAACUUGAUUUUGAGUAAGAAUAUUUAGUAACAUAAGUAGCUAGGUUAUAGUAAUGACUGUGGUAAUGUUAAAUCAGUAAUUAUUUUCAAUAUCAUUUGCCUUUGUUAUUAACACGUUGAAUGCCAAGCAAUUUCACCCAGCAAAAUUGGAAUUAUUGUUUUGCACGCUUACCAAUGGGUCACUGGUGACCCCAUGGCAUUCAACGUGUCAACACUGGAACUACUGUUACAAAUUUCUUUAUAGAAACCAUAAGUGUGCGUUUAUUGAGAUUUCAAUUGAGCAUUUCAAUUUUGCUGUUACUGAAUUAGUUCUGUUAACCCUUUGCACUACGAACAUGUUCAAUACUUUGAUAAUUCAUUUCCACAACACUUUCAAGAACAAUUUUGAAAAAGAAAUAAUAAAUAUUCAUGGUUUUCAGUCUCUUAACACGUUCAUGGACAGUAAAAAUUGUAAUGAGCUGUAGAAAUAGAAAAAAUGCAAAUUCAGUUCUCCAAGAGUUAAAAUGCAUAAUAAUCUCAAAAAGUGAAGGUUGUGUAGAAUUAAAUUCAUGAGAAUGUGGCUUAUUUCAAUGUUAUAGCAUUGACGUCAUCUUGCAUCAUAAUGAAAAUGAAUGCUAUAACAUCCAUGUCAUUUUACAUCACAAUAAAAAUAAAUGCUAUAGCAUUCAUAUAGAACGUGUUAAAGUUUACAAUUUUCUUAUAUAAAGCCAAACAGUGUCUUCAGAUCUUGAGUCACCAAUUGAUUCGACACAACACAAUUACAAAGCGCUAUAUACAAUAUUAAAUUUCAUAUGAUGCAUCAGUAUGCGAAGCAUUUCUAUAAAACAGCUCUAUUCCUUAAUUAACAUAUUUCUCAUUUCAAAUAAUCUCACACAAAACUGUUGAAUCUUUCUAUUGAAAAUCUUGCUUGCAAAGGGUUAAAGAACAUUACCAAAACGUUAGAAAUUCCCAUGACAGUGUUACAUAAUAUUAACACUAAAACUAUCAAACAGUUAAAUUGACUUUUUGAAAUUCCUCUAUGGAAACUCCAAUGGUGCAUCUACUGAAGCUUUAAUUUGGAUAUUGCUAAAUCAAUUUUUCAAAUGAUUUCUCAGAUCUAUUAUCUUCAUAAUUACAAAAAAACAAAAUCAGGAAUGGGUCAUUCUCCUAUGGUAGUUUUAGUAUUAAAUUUCAUACAAUACAUCAAUAUGUGAAACAUUUAUAAAACAGCUCUGUUAAUUUACUGUCAAAUGCUUCCAUUGAAAAUCUUGCUUGCAAAGGCAAAGAACAUUACCAAAAUGUUAGAAAUUCUGAUGGCAGUGUUAUACAAUAUUAAAUUCCAUACAAUGCAUCAAUAUGUGAAACAUUUAUACAACUUUGUUUCUCAAUUCACUAUCAAAUGUUUCCAUUGAAAAUGUUGCUAAAAAUCUAUAAAUUCCCAUGGCAGUGUCAUAUAUUAAAUUUCCUACAAUGCAAUUUGUGAAACAUUUACACAGCUUUGUUUCUUAAUUCACUAUCAAAUGUUUCCAUUGAAAAUGUUGCUAAAAGUCUAGAAAUUCUUGUGGCAGUCAAAAUGUUAGGAAUUCCCAUGGCAGUGUCAUAGAACAUUAAAUUCCAUAUAAUGCAAUUUGUGAAACAUUUAUACAGCUUUGUUUCUCAAUUCACUAUCAAAUGUUUCCAUUGAAAAUGUUAAAAAUCUAUAAAUUCCCAUAGCAGUCACAGUGUUGCUCCACAGGAAGCCAUCAGUCCUGAACACCAUCCCUCCCCAUGAACAUGUAAGGGUAUAAACCUUGGGCCGAGGUUCCUCUCCUUUUUUAGAAACCGAGGAAAAAAGAGUAACCAGAGGCGCAUAGCGGAAACGCGUUGCCUUUAGCGUUGAUUUUCUUUGUGCUCCUUCUCGCUGAUGGCUGUUGACCACCUCCUUUCAUCGAAUCGAAUGAACCUAACGCGUAAAUGAACCUGUAACGCGUAACCUCGUUUAGUUUUAACGCGAAAACGACUGGUCUUCUCGGUAGAUAGAUUUUUCCUAGGCUUAGUGCGCAUCGUUGUUUCGAGGGAGCUGGCGAACGAAACCAUAUAGGGCCAACCGAUUCUGUUGCUCGAGGAGGAAAUCGGAGGCGUGACCUUUGUUAUCCUUGGAUAAUUGACACUUAGGCUACCGAAUGGAUCUCCUUCAUUUUGCAAUGUUCACUUUUGUAGUAGACUCUGUUUGUAGUCUUUUGUUUGGGAAGUACUGAAGUGGAUAAUAGUCCUAUUUCUUGAUAAUCCUUGGAUAAUUAACACUUAGGCUACCGAAUGGAUCUCCUUUAUUUUGCAAUGUGUUCACUUUUGUAGUAGACUCUAUUUGUAGUCUUUUGUUUGGGAAGUGUUGAUGUGGAUUAUCCUAUUUCAAUAUUUCUCAAUUUGGGAGAUCUCAUUCACUUUGCAAUGUGUUGCCUUUUAUUCUGCUUCUUUUCUUUUGUCAUUUAGGAAGUAUUGAAGUGGAUGAUCCUAUUUCAACAUUUCUCAAAUUGGGAGAUCUCCUUCAUUUAGCAAUGUGUUGCCUUUUAUUCUGUUUAUAAAGAAAAGUAUUUUGCCAUUUUUUUUCAAAUGGGAAGAUCUUCCACUUUUCACUUAGCAAUGUGUUGCUUUUUAUUCUGUCUAUAAAGAAGUCUUUUGUUCAGGAAGUAUUGAAGUGGAUAAUUUUCACUUAGCAAUGUGUUGCCUUUUAUUCUGUUUAUAAAGGAGUCUUUUGUUUAGGAAGUAUUGAAGUGGAUAAUCCUAUUUCAACAUUUCCCAAAUUGGGAGAUCUCCACUUAGCAACAUAUUGCCUUUCAUUCUAUUUAUAAAACGAAGUAUUUUGUCAUUUAGUAAAUUUUGAAGAAUAAUAAUCCUAUCUCAAUAUUUCUCAAAUUGGGAGAUCUCCCAUUGUUCACUUAGCAACAUAUUGCCUUUUAUUCUAUUAGAUAAACUCUUCUUUUGUCAUUUAGUAAAUUUUGAAGUGGAUAAUAAUCCUAUUUUAAUAUUUUCCAAAUUGGGAGAUCUCCACUUAGCAACACAUUGCCUUUCACUCUAUUCACAAAGAAAAAUAUUUCAUCAUUUAGUAAGUCUUCAAGUAGACAACUUUCACUCAGCAACACAUUGCCUUUCAUUAUUUCUUCCCUUCAUCAUUCACCAAAUCUUGAACUAUUCACAAUUUAAACAUUCUUAUACAAACCAAACUAAAUUCCUCAAAUGACUUCAUUCUCAGAUAAAGGAGAUUCCACCUAUACCGAUCUUCUAUUUCCAAAAACCCCAUAGAAUUAUCAUCUUAUUUGCCUAUCAGUACAAAACCCAAAACUUUUAAAAAUAUCCCACAUAACUCAAAAGAAAAAUUUCAAACAAAACAAAAUCUCAUUUGCCUAUCAGUACAAAAACCAAAACUUUCAAAAAUAUCCCACAUACUCAAAAGAAGCAACAUUUCAACACUAGGUUUACGAAACGCGUCAAUUUGACUGUUAUCGAACUUUACAGACAUUAUUUGCUAAGCGUUUCAAUCGGUUUCCGUUGCUCCAAUUACACGAACACGAAUCCUGAUCGUAGUUCUACAUCUACAAUUUCCAGAAUUUAAAUAAACAAAUAUCAACUUCCCAGGAACAAUAAAAUAAACUACAACAAAUGUAAACCUAGUGUCAACCCUUUGUGGACGAAGAUUCUUUGAAAUAUACAAGACCUUCAG